AUGAGCAGCCCCGACGCCGCCGCAAGAGACAAAUUCUACGAGGACCUGCACACCCUCUUGGCGACUGUGUCGAAGGCGGACAAGUUGAUUGUCCUCGGUGACUUCAACGCCCGCGUCGGCACAGACCAUACUGCCUGGAGAGGCGUGCUGGGUCCCCAUGCUCUCUGCGGCUCCAACGACAAUGGUCUGCUGCUGCUACGCACCUGCGCAGAACACCGCCUCAUCCUGACGAACACGUUCUUCUGUCUGCCGGAGCGAGAGAAGGCCACCUGGAGGCAUCCUCGGUCGCGUCAGUGGCACCUGCUGGACUAUGUCCUCGUCUGGAUGCGAGAUCAGCGGGACGUGCUGGUGACGAAGGCGAUCGCGGGUGCUGACGGGUGGACCGACCAUCGCCUCGUCAUCUCGAAGAUGCGUAUUUGUCUACAGCCUCGCAGGCGACCACAAGGUAAGCGACCCCCAGGUAAGCUGGGUGUUACCUUGUUGUCUUUGCCAGCUCACCAUCUCCAUUUCAGCAAUGAGCUAGCUCAACGGCUAGACAACCUUCCAAUCGCUGCCGCCGACGACGCCGCCGCCGCCGCUGCCGAGAACGCCUCCAUGGAGUACCGCUGGUGUCAACUGUGA